GAAUUUUGUAUUUUGUUUUAUUAAAUGCUGUACAACAAAAAUAAAACGAACAAAAUACUCUUGAUAAUUUCAUUUCAUUUUUAAGAUUAAUGAAAUUCUCAUAAACUGUUUUCAGUCGACGCGUAGCGCUACCAACGUAAAGAUCGUAAGAGAGAGAGAAAAAUACCAAAAAGUAACAAUUAUUUUUAAACGCGUCGCAGUUUAAAUUUUUUAUUUUCAUUUAUUAAUAAAUUUUAAUAAACGUUAGAAAUUCAAAGCCAUAAUGCAUAGAGCUAAUACAGCCUUUAAUUUGGCGUUAUCGCCAAUGGCACAUAAAAAUUUUGCAACAUGGCUUUUAAAUGGAGCCAACAAGAAGAUUAUUAAAAAUGCUAUGGCUGCUGCUGCUGUACGUUGUUACAACUCAGCUGCUGCUGAGCCUUUUGCAAAUGGUACCACAGCUUCUUAUGUAGAAGAAAUGUACAAUAAUUGGUUGCGUGAUCCCACCUCUGUACACACAUCCUGGGAUGCCUAUUUCCGCAAUAACUCUUACUGUGGUCCCCCAAAUCUAGCUCCUCAACAAUACAACACUCUACCCGUUUCAGCUUAUGCUGGUAUGGUUAGCGGUGCUGCUCCCGACUCUAAAACUAUCGAUGAUCAUUUAGCUGUUCAAGCUAUUAUCAGAAGUUAUCAGUCUCGUGGUCAUUUGGCUUCUGAAUUGGAUCCCAUGGGAAUUCUAACUGUUGAAAAGGUCAGGGGUAAGGAUGGUGUUACCCGUCGCGCUAACGAAGAUGUUUUACGUCAACAUUCUGGUUUUUUGUUUGGUAAUUUUUUCAUUUUACUUUUAUUUAAAAAAAAAGAUAUUUAAAAAUCGUUUUAUCUA